CUCGGCCCGGGGCCGCGCUGCAGCCCGAAGCCGCCGGGCUCGGGUCGGCGGCCCCGCGCUAGAGCCCGGCUGCAGCCCAGACGCGCGGACGCCGAGGUUGAUGGUCCCCUGGUCAGCAGCAUCCCCUGGGAGAAGAUGGCUCAGCCUGCACCCCUGAACCAGAACCUCCCAGAUCUCGGUGGCCCGUUCUUGUACCGGGACCAGGACAAUGGGGAGAAGAGCUCGUAUUCCGUGGAAACCCCUUACGGCUUCCUCCUGGACCUGGAUUUCCUCAAGUACGUCGAUGACAUCGAGAGCGGCCAAACCCUCAGGAAGGUGCCGCUGCCCCGGAGGGCGAAAGGGCCGCGGCUCCCCCCCAGCGCCCUGCGCAGCCCCAGCAGCCACGCCAGCGCCUGGACCUCCACCGAGUCCCUGGCCUCCACGGCCAGCGAGGACGGGAGGACGCUGCUGCUGUCCCCGCCCGGCCGCGCGGCCCCGGACCCCCCGGGCAAACCGGCCCCGCAUCCCCUCUCCCCGCCCCCGCUGCGGCUGCUGCCGCCUCCCACCCGCAGGUGCGGGCUGAGGAACCCGCGCGUGGAGAAGACGCUGCUGGAGACGAGCCGGAGGCUGGAGCGGGAGCAGGAGCAGGAGCGGGCCGGGCCCUGCCGCGGGGGCACAGUGGGAGCCCCGGGGCAGCCCCCGCCGUGGGGGCCGGGGGAGGGCUGGGGCCGGGGCAGCCCCGGCAGCUCGGGGCGCAGCACACCGGCCGCAGGGCUCGGCACGGCCCCGCUGCAGCACGUGCGGGAGCAGAUGGCGGCGGCCCUGCGGCAGCUGCGGGACCUGGAGGAGCAGGUGAAGAGCAUCCCGGUGCUGGAGAUGCAGAUCUGCGAGCUCAAGAGGGAGAAGGCGAAGCUGAUGGAGAAGCUGUUGGUGGGGAACAGCGAGGCUCCGAGGCACCACCGCGGCUCCCAGGUGGAGGCAGGGGGUGAGGAGCUGCCCCAGGCGGGGGCAGAGCGCGAAGCGGAGCCCAAAGGGCGAGCGAGCAAGAUCGUGGAGCUGAGGAAGCUGACGGAGAAGCUGGCUGUGCCGGGCCGGAGCCCCAGGGCUGCCGAGAGGCCCACGUGCCGCUCUGUGGCGGUGGGCGAGGACCGCGCCAUGGCCGACGCCGUCUUCUACUACCGGUCAGAACAAGAGGGCGGCGGCGGCCCCGAGAGCGGGGCAAGGGAGCGCAGGGACGCGUCCGUGUGGGUGCUGGAGUCCUCGCUGGGGGUGCCCAGUGAGGCGGAGCAGGAGCUGGAGCUGCUGCAGCAGACGGUGGGGCACCAGAAGGAGGUGAUCGCGCUGAUGGAGGGGCACCUGCGGGAGGCCACGCGGGAGCUGGAGGAGCUGCGGCGCGAGGUGUGCGCCCGCCGGCCCCGUGCGCACAAGGAGGACAAGGAGGUGAUGGCCCAGCCGCGGGUGGCCGAGGCGCAGGUGGAGGCCGUGGUGGCCACGCGGAGCCGGGCGGCCGGGGAGCCGCUGCGGGUGGUGGAGGCCGCCGUGGGGUGCUGCCCGCAGACCGCCUGCGCCGCCGUGAGCUGCCGCCCCGAUGUGCGGGAUGCGGCCGUCGGCCCCGGGUCAGCCGUGAGGGGUGAGGACAAGGGCAGCCAGACCGACCCGGGCAGCACCGGCGCAGAGGGAGAGGAGAUGGAGCCCGGUGCAGGUGAUGCCCCAGAUGGUCCCUUGGCACGGGGCACAGGAGCGAUGGAGGGGACAGCCCAGAGCAGCUCGAGCCCCGGGGCAGGCACAGCAGAGGUGACACAGAGCAGCCGGAAUCUGUCCCCAGCACGGGAUGGGGGAGCCACCCCAAGCCCUGGGACGGGAGCCCUGAAGUCCAUCAUGAAGAAGCGGGAUGGUGCCCCCAGGAGCGAGGCCGAAGGCAGCAAGAAGAGCCUGCAGUUUGUGGGCGUGCUGAACGGGGAGUAUGAGAGCACAUCCAGUGAGGAGGAGGAGGAGGAAGGCGACAGCUCCUCUGAGAAGGCUUCAGCCGACAGCUCCGACAGCGAUGAGCAGGGGGACACUGAAACCUCAGAUGAAGAAGGCGGGGAAGGGGAGUGUGAGCCAGGACAGCAGCACGAGGGGGACAGCGGGACCCUGCUGGAGCCCACCGAGGUGAAGGAGAAGUUCGAGCUGAGCCCCAGGAUGCGGGAGGCCUGCCUCAUCGUCAAGACCCACCUGGGCCACACCGGGGCCACCAAGAGCAAAGAGGUGCUCGCCAGCAGCAGCCUGCUCCUGCAGGAGUGGUUCCGUCUCUCCAGCCAGAAGUCCUCUGUGCCCGACACGGUGGCCAACCACCUGCUGGCCUUUGCCGAGGUGUCUCCAGCUCUCCUGGCCCACGUGGUGAACCUGGCAGAUGGGAACGGCAACACCGCCCUGCACUACAGCGUCUCCCACUCCAACUUCCACAUCGUGCGGCUGCUGCUGGACACAGGGGUCUGUAACGUGGACCACCAGAACAAAGCUGGCUACACAGCCCUCAUGCUGGCAGCGCUGGCGGCUGUCGAGCAGGAGGAUGACAUGAACAUGGUCAGGAGGCUCUUCAGCAUGGGCAACGUCAACGCCAAGGCCAGCCAGGCCGGGCAGACAGCGCUGAUGCUGGCUGUGAGCCACGGCCGGCAGGAGAUGGUGGAGGCUCUGCUCGCCUGUGGAGCUGAUGUGAACCUGCAGGACGAGGAGGGCUCCACCGCACUGAUGUGUGCCUGUGAGCACGGGCGUGUGGAGACCGUGAAGCUGCUGCUGGCUCAGCCCACCUGCGACAUCUCAAUCGUGGACAGUGACGGGAACAACGCCGUUGCCAUCGCGCUGGAGGCUGGUCACAGCAACAUUGCUGUGCUCCUCUACGCCCAUCUCAAUCAGGGGACAUCACCAACAGCCACCAAGAGCCCUGGGGGCACAAAGAAACCAAAUUAGAGUGACCUCAGGAGCCAGCCCUCAGCACCAGGCUAUGGUUUAUGUCCCCCUUGCCUGCUGAAUCACACCCUGCAGAUGCUUUAACCCUCCUGUCACAGAGUAUGCACUGUCCC